ACCAGUAAAGUUAGAGAGAUCCUCUCCAUCUUGGCUAUUUUUGUAUCAUUUCGUAAAUUAUUUUACAGAUAAUUGUACAGGCUAUAAAAGGCAUGAAAAAGUAACAAAACUGAAGGUCUGGUCACGGAAGUCACGAAAAAGUCCCGGAAUAGUAACUGUGCUGGAUGUCAUGAAAUUUUAAUUUCCAGUUGCCCUUUGCUAAAUAACGUUUUGUUUUUUGACACCUUAGGCCUUGCUUCAUUGUAUAGUUGAACACUAUAACAAAUAGUUGGAGACUGCCUACCAAAAUCAUGAGGAAAUUACUGAAAAAAUUUAGUUAUUUAGUGUAAAAAUUAGCUUGUUUCCGUAAAUAGAAGAUUUGUUUUGUAUAAUGUUUUAUUUUGAUAAUUAUAUUUAAACAUAUGACCACGUGAUAUAAAAAUAGAUACAAGAAAAUUUAUUAACUCUCCUUACAAAGUCCCGAAAUUGUUUCUCGAAAGUAUCUGACACCAUGUAUUAAAAAAAAGCAAAAUGAUCAUGACAAAUGUGAUUUCUUAUAAUAGGUUUUAUUAAUACUGAUCCAGUAACAACCAUUAUUACUCUUGUAAAAAUAAAUAUAAAAAUAGUCAAUUACCUACUUUUGAUUAGGAUUUUAGAUUUGACAAGACUGACUACGGCAGCUAAAUAUGACAGAUGUUUGAAACACCAGCUGCUUUUUAAAAAUUGACUGUAGAACAACGUUAUGACGAAAUAUGUACAAAUCGUAAAUGGAAGGGUCCUAUUCACAUUAAGUCAGAGUGUUUUAGGUGAAUGUUUGUCUGUGGAUGCAUGUUUGCAUUUGUGUCAUGUAAGCAGAGAAUUUAAUUAGUGCCUAUUAUUAUUCCUUAUUGCGAUUGAGUAGAAUUGAAAUCUUUAAUCUGUGCUGAAAAGAAGAGGGUUGUUUCCACAUUUUUUUAAGGAGACUGAUUGGGUGAAUGUUACACAGACUGUCAGGUGGCUGCUCAACUGUUUGUUACCACACCAACAUUUGUCUAGAUUGGAGGGUGUAAACCUUACUAAUUUAGCCAAUGGUGUACAUACAUAGACAUCUCCCAAUGAUUUAAAUUUUUUUAUUGCUUAUUUUUAAACCAUCUUAAGAUGUAUUUCUAAAAGUAUUUUGCUCAGUAGUUACCUUUCAAUAUGUAUUCAAAUUUUUUAUUAAGUUUGGUGUCAUUAUCAUAUCCAUGUUUUUUUGAGAUUUGCCAUUUUAGCUUUCUCCUUUCUCUCCUUGGCAUUGGAUUUAUUCUGUACUUUCUAUUUAAUCUUAGGUUUUUGUUACCACAUCGUAACUUUCUGAAACUUAAUUUCAGCUGCUUGUUUUUUUAAUUUUUGGAAUGUAAUGUAAUAUUUGUUUUAAAAUAUUCUCUAUAUAAUUCAGGUAAGUAAAAGGGGUUAUCUUUACAUUAAAGUUAAUUUUGAUGGUCCUUAAACUUGUUAUAGUUAUUGUGGGUUUUUUAUGUUGGAAAAUGAGGACAUUCCAAGAAUGUAAGAUUGGUUUUUGUACACAUACUUAGGCUUCCAAAUCUAUACAAUUUUGAGUUAGUAUUGUAAUAUGUUUGGCAAUGCUGCCAUUUAAAAAAAUGUUGGUAAUAGCCUCGCAGAUGCUUCCAUGUCAAAGGUUUCUUUGCUGAUAGUACUUGAAAUUUGAAUGCUGAUUUGUAAGUCUUAUUUACUUUUUUUAAAAAAUUUUUUUUAAAUUUACUGAGAUGCUUAAUGCACAACAAACAAUGUGAGUUUAAGUAAGAGUAGUAAAAAAAUUAGUGUGGAUCAAAGAAAUGCACUGUCUACUGCCCUGAGUGUUUUUACUCUUUAAUUGUAAUUUAUUUUAAAGAAAAUUUAAAGAGAUUUACAAUAUAUAUCCAUAAGCUGGAGAUGCACUUAAUAAGUAUGUAAAAGACCUUGAAACCAACAUUUGAAGGUGAUUGAGAAGUGUGCAGCAAAAAACAGUAGGUAUUUUAUGAGAGGGGCUUGGCUUCCAUGAGUGCCUUGCUGAUUUCUGGAUAUUGCAGGGAAUAAUGAGAAAAAUAUGACCCAUGAGUUCUUAGGGGACCUGCCUAGUCGAGGUUGUAUCUGUGUUAGUGAGGUGGGAUGAUAAGAGUGAUGCCCCGCUGGUUUUGCCAGCUAAUUAUCAUCUAUAAGCACAAGGCUCUGAAAUUAUGUGCUGUCUUCUCGUCAUGCAUAGGACAACUAUGAGAUUUGAGUGGUAACCAUAAUAUUACAUGGCAGAGAAGGGAAUAUAAAGUUUUAUUGCAAAGCCCUCGAGUGCUUUCAAGAAUCUGUACCGGACAUUUCAUAUCCAAGAAUUAUUCUCAAAACACUUUAUCUUAGCCAUUAUUCACUUGUAAAAAAAAAACAGAUUUUAGGAACAACCUCCAGAAACAGAACUUCUUAUCCACCCUCAGCAUGUUCCUAAAUGCUUUUUCUAGAGCAUAUUUCAAAUUGCGUGGUUUCUUGCUGAAGUUCUGCACACAGUAUGUGUGUCCAGGUAGGCGGGGCUCUUAAGUGUAGUGGAACCCACUGGUAAACUCGAGCAACAGGUUUUCUUUCUCAUGGUAUUCUUAAUUGCUGGAGUUAAGGUGUGCAACAGCUGCAUCAAGGAGUUUCACUUUUUUGGUAUUCCAACAGGGAAACAUUGAGCAUGUGGUAAAACUGACCCUAAAAUAAAAAUCAAGAAUGAAUAUUUGUGAUAUUUAUGUCUGGAUAAUUUAAUUUAAUUUAUGAGAAGUAUGAAAACAGAGGUUAAGAGAUGAUUAUUUUGUAAACGGGAAUUAGCUUUUUAAAAAUGAUUUUCAGUUUAUGUCCUAAUUACAACAUUAGAAGCAGCAUAAAUCAUGUGGAAUGGGUGAGUAAAGAUAAUUUGUUGAAUUUACAUGUUAGAGAAAAUGAAGGUCCCGGAAGAGCCAGAGGAGAUACAUUGAAAAUUCUGUAAAAAAGGGUCAAGAAUUAAAAAAAAUAUAUAUUAAAUUUUCAGAUCUCUCAUUGUUGUGGGAGUUACAUGAAAGAAAAGACUGAAGCAUGAUAGUAAAUUAAUAAAAUUGCAUAAUCCUCUUGAAUGGCACCAACAAAAAUUGAUUGCUGAAAUAAAUGAAUGAGCAAAUGCUGAGGAGAGCAGUGUAACAACAUGACACAAUAGAGGGAGGUGUAGUGCAUUGUGGAUAGCAGCGCUCUGUCGAGCGGAAGCACCGGGGACAGGAAAUGGAUGUGGGCGUGUGGGAAGGAGGCAGGAGCUUCCUGCCUGGCUUCCUGUCUGACCAGCGGCAGGCCACUGCGGGAGAGAAAGUGUCGCUGGGUAGUCGCCCAGCCGGCCAUGGGAAGUGGGUCGCUUGUGUAACGCCGCCGCCGUCAAGGCAACGAACCUUCUGUCUCGCUGAACACUUGGUUGACUCAUCUCCCUCGCGGACUGUUCCCAAACGGCCUGCAACACUUGCAGACCGGAGUAUAGUGUCGCCUGUCAGCGAGAGUCCUCCUACCAAGAAGUCACCACACGCACUGCCGCCAGCACGUCGCGAGCCAUGCGCAAGCUGUGGUCUGCCCGUAUUCAUCGCAGAGCGGUUAAUCGUGGGCGGCCGCACUCUCUACCACCACUCCUGCUUCCGCUGCGCACGCUGCCAGCACCAGCUCAGUCUGGCCAACUGCUACGAGACGGAGGACGGCCGCUACUGCUGCGAGACCUGCCCCGACGAGGUGGGAAGCUCCGUGCAGUUCGCUAAGGAAGCCGUCGACUCUCCCGUUCUCGGGGGCGAUGCCCUCAGCGUCGGCUCUGAGAAUGACGAGUACAGCGCAACCUUUGACUUGGCCAUGGAGGCUCCUACGACCCCUGAUGCUUCCUCGAGAGUCGAGCAGGUCUCCUCUUCGUCCCUGGCCCGAUCAAAUUUCAUGAACAGCCAGCUACUUUUGUCGGAGCCUGACGUGAGCUCAUUGGACGAAUCUCUAUCUUCUUAUUCACGUAAUUUGGUCAGUAAGAAGCCUGGUGCUACGGAAGCAGUGCGUGUUGGUGAUGAAAGUGUAGCGAACUUGCAAACGGACCAGGAUGAAAGACAUGAUGAUGCUGUUGGCAUGCUAGCACCGACGUAUGCGGACACGGAUGCCUCUGCAACUUCACUUACCAGUAGCGUUAGUGUUAGAUCUAGUGAUAGCGUAGACAAGAACACUGCCAGUGGUGAGCUUUCACCACCAGUGAUGCAUGCCAAAGAAUCUGUUUCUUCUCCUUCUUCACUGUCUAUCGUACAAAUGAGGUUGAAAAUGUUUGAAAAAUCUAGUGUUAUCGAGCCACAAAAAGAAUUCAAGGAAACAACCAUCUCUUCCAACAGGCAGUCACCCAAGGUCAUCAAAAAUAUAGUUCCAGAAAAAGUUUCUACAAAGGAUGAUACUGUAAAUACUGACUCUCCAUCAGAUGAACUUCCUACUAACUUUGAUCAGACUAGUGAAAUUACUUUGCCUGAACAUGAUAAAAUAGUUAUUGACUCGGUCAAAGCUACUUUACUUGAUCCCAAGAUUGAAAAACCAGUUGGAAAUGAUGAUAGGUACAAUAUUUCAAAAUCACCCCACUCUUAUGUUGAUGCUACAGAUGAUAAUUUGCAUGAUACAUCUGUUGAAAAAGAGUUGUGUAGUCUUCAAACAAAUGUUGAUGAAAAGCAUGCUCAGGAAAAUGUUACUUUAGAUCAUGUGAAAGGUCCCAGUGUGAUAUGCACGGAGUCUGGACAAUUAAAGAUUGAAGAUGCAGGGAAGAGUUUGUACCCGGUGGAGUUGAAUCCGUUUGGGGAAGAUGAUGAUGGUGACGUGGGUGGGGGCAACCCAGAGGUGGUGGUAACGGAGGCUGUGAAUCCAGGAUUGAAGAUGGCCGGCAAGCCACCGCUGCCAGCCACCCGCCGGGUGGUGGAGGCCCCCAAGCAGAGUCUCAACCCUUUCUGGAGCGACGGGGAAGAGCCAGACAGUGACGAAGAGCUGGAGCACAGGAAGACUCCAGUGCCCUGUCCUCGAAAGAGCAAGACUGUUGCAACGGAGGUACAGCGGGAGCCUAGUCCCCUGCCUCGGAGCAUUGGCGUGAAGGUUGGCUCCAUCACUUCGCUCUCGAGCAUCGGCUCCUCUGCCAGUAGCACGCCUUUCGGGACUGCGCAGAGGAAGAAGAAGCUGGCCCCGCCCCCUCCCAGUGCCCGGGAGCUCUUCUCGAAGUCUGCGGAGUCCUCUAGAACAUCCUCCCCUACUCCCAGCAGUUUGCAGUCUCCCCAGGUGGUGAGGCGACAUCGCAAGUCUCGGCAAGCCCCUCUACCGCCGUCGAGCAACGCACCCCAGUGGAACCACAACAAAGAUGACAAGAAUGCCGCAAACCGAAUCAAACAAAAUGGGGUUGAAGGCAAUGAGGAGGCCAGGCCGGUGGUGGCGCCCAACAAGAGCGUGGCGGGGCAGUGGAAGCGCAAGAAGGGCCCUGCCCCGCCGCGACCGGUGCCCCAGCGACGGCAGAUCCGCGCCAUGCCCAUGAAGGAGGUGCGGCAGGAGCUGGAAGACAUCGAGGUGCAGCAGCUGGGGUUGGAGCGGCAGGGCGUGAAACUGGAGCAGACCAUCCGCGCCCUCCUAGACAACAACCAGGACCAGGACCCCGACCCCCUACCCUCUGUCGAUGUCGCAGACCCAAAUAUCAUUCCAGAUGUUGAGGAUCUUGUUCUGCAACUGUUUGAGUUGGUCAACGAAAAGAACGAGUUGUUCAGAAGGCAGGCAGAACUGAUGUACCUUCGCAGGCAGCAGCGCCUGGAGGAGGAGCACGCUGACCUGGAGUACCAGAUCCGCUGCCUGCUGGAGCGGCCGGACCACGCCAAGACGGACAGCGACAAGGCCCGCGAGGAGGAGCUCAUCCAGCGCCUGGUCGAGGUGGUGGAGCGACGCAACGAGAUAGUCGAGUGCCUGGAGAUGGACCGUCGCCGCGAGGUCGAGGAGGACCGCAGCAUCCACCACCAGCUGGGCAUCUUCGCAGCUAAGAAGAAAGUUGGGGAAGAAGUGGUACUAGUCCCCAGCAAGGAGCAAGACAAGUCCUCUGGUCAGAAGGGAAAAGAAGAGAAAAAGAAACACAAGAAGAUUAAGGAGAAGCUUGCCAAGAAGAAACUUCAAGAGAAGGUAGAUGUAGACAAAGACAUUGAUGAGGUAGAGCAGUCUCUGUCCAGGCAGAACAAAGAGAAGAAAGUAUCCAUGAUAAAGAGGAUUCUUCUGUGAUUUGAAUUUAACUGAGGAGAUGCUUACAGGUAAAUUAAUUAAAAUAUCUGUUUGAUUUGUAUUUAAAUCUGUUUGACUGUUUGCUUAUUUAAAAAGCGCUUUUAGUGUAAUAAUUUGUCAUGUUAUUGUGCUAUAUUUGGACUAGGUUACUGAAUUCCCUAAUUGUCUUUAAAUAAUUCUGUUUUACAUUUAUUUACAUACACAUUUUUGUUAAUAUGUGUAAUUUAUAUGUAAUUGCAUUUUGUACUUAAGAAUUUUGUUUUAAAUGGAAAAAAAAUUAGUUUUUUUAAUUUUUAUCCUAGAAGCCAAUAAAUUUUUUUAGAGUUUAGUAAAAUAAUUUUAAAAAACUUCUUCAAUUUGGUUACAAUGCUCUUUUUACGAAACUUGUUAUUUUGUAUUUUUAAUCUUAUUUUUUUAGUCUUAAGCAUUUUUUAAUUUUUUUUUUUUUAAAAAAAAAGAUUGUAUACAUUAAGUUGUUGUAGACCAUAGUUAUGUUUUGUGGUAUGGAGUGGUAGUGUCUGAAAUUAAUUUUUGAAAGGCAGCUUUUAUUAUUGUGCCUUUUACUCACUAGGUUUAUCAGUUGAAUUGCCAUACAAAUACCACAAAUAUUAUAGAUGUGCUAUAAUAAGAAUUUUCUGUAAUUUGAGACAAAUCUGAGAUGAGAUUAGUAUUUGAGUUUGAGAUGAAAUUAAGAAUAUAAUAAUAAUAAUAAGACCGAUAACUUGAUGUAAGUUUUUGGACAUACGCUAUAGCAAUGGCGUAUGUCCAAAAACUUACAUCAAGUCAUGCACUCCCAUUGCACAAAUCUUUUAAAGAUAACAAUAAGACCGAUAAGUAGUUAGUACUACAAAACUAAUGUAUUUUAACAUUGAAAUGUUAUAUUUUUUUGAAACAGACCCUUAUGUUAUAAGAUACCAAUUUUUAUUAUAAUUUUAAAAAUUAAAUUAAACUCUUUGGCUUUGUUAAAAUAAUUUACAUGUCACAUCCCAGACAUCACAGCUAGCUUAAACAUUCGAUCUAGAAUGUACAAUCAUGAACACUUGAAUAAAUUAUUUGGGCUCUUAAAAAAUACUGUAUUUACUUAAAUAAAUAUAUGUUGGAUAUUUUAUAACUUGUACAUUCAAGUUUUAAUUACAAGGGCCUGCUGAUUCUCAAAAUCUGUUUACAUGUGCCAUUGCCAUAAACUCACUUUCUUAUUUUUAAAAUACAUAAUUCUUCUUAUCUAGUAAAUGUAAUUUUUCCUGGACUUGUCAGUUAAAAGAGAAAUAUCUUAAUUUGUCUCGAGAUAAAAUGAAACCUUUUAUCUUAAGUCUGAAAAUGAAUUAAGGAUAGCAGUAGGACUCAAAACUUUCAUUAUCAUUAAUAAAUUAAUUCUUGAGGAAACAACAUAACUGAGAAAACUAAAAUUAUCAUUAGCAACAUAACACUAAAAAUACAAAAACUGUUUUCAGAAAAAUUUAAAACUAGGGCUACUGGGAUGGAUUGGUAAGUUUUUGAUCUCUAAAGGACACAUUUAUGACAUUUUGCUAUUGUCAUAAAUUAUCUAAAGAUAAAUUAUCUAAAUUAUCUAAAGAUAUGAUCAUAUGAACACGUGUAAUUCUGAUAGCUUUUUGGACACAUUGUCACUGCUUAUAACUGUGAUAUUAUGGUCAAUGAUAAUACUACGUAGUAAUUAUCGGAACAAUCCUACUGGUGUUCUGUUUGCCAAACGUUCUGGCAGCUAGCCUCCCUUGUUGCCUGCCAAUUUAUUCUCUUAGUGGUGAACUAAUUUUAUUUGACGUUUAUGAUGGCCUUGCUCUUUAUCGACUUAGCAAAUUUUUGGCUUCCAAGAAGUUUGGCGCAGGCAGUAUGAAAUCCUGUCUACUCAGUGACAUCAAUUUUCUAUUCUGAUACAAAAAAGACAUUUAAUAUUAAUUUUCGUUUAUGUAUCCUGCAUUGUUGCUAAUAGGCAGGAGGAAUACAUUGUCAAUGUAAAAUUCACAGAAGGUGGAAGUGCCUUUAGAGUUAUGUAAUUAGCUGUGGCAUUAACCAACUGAUAGUUAAAUGUUUCACACUUAGAAGAUUUGUUUUGUGUUAUAUUGUGGUAAUUGUAUUUUGUGGAUUUUUAAAAGCAAAUAGACAGUACGUACUUUUAUUUUUUGUUUCUAGACUUGCAAUGUUGGCACAAAGAGAUGGUUGUUGAGCACCUUUAUUUUUCUUGUGCAUAAUACUGCUAGAUAAAAGUGAUGUAUUUUAUGAUAAUGCAAGUCCUGUUGGAACAUUAAA